AUGCGCUUCAGGGGUAGAUGCGCAGAAACCGCGCACGCGUCUGCACCGACGCCACAAAAGCGGGCCGGGCCGGGCCGCAGCUGCAGUGCAGUGCACUGCUGUACAGUUCCGCACUGCACUGCACUGCACCCGUCACAGGCCCGGUUGCAGCCCGGCAACAGCCGGGGCUGUUGCCUCCCCCCCUCCUCCGAGUCGCCCCGUGCUACGCUACGCUACGGUCGGCAACACGUGUAUUGCCGAUGCGGAAAACAGGAUGGACGGCACGGGCAGGAUCCGCGCGUUGCCUGGCGCAUCUGUGCCCAUCCUAUCUAUCUCUCUAUCCGUCUAUCUACCGCCCGUUUCUAUUGUUAUCGUCCUAGCACGCACACUCCCUGGUGCUCCACCGCCAAUCGACCAGGCAGAGACAGACCAGACGGCAACAGAAUACUGCACUGCACUGCACUGCACACAGGACGGAAAGGAAAGAUCCCGGCUCGAAUCAAAAAAUAA